ACACGUCCGCGGGAAGCGUCGCGACGUACCUACGUUUCUUGGAGCACGACAACGACGUCGGCGUCAGUCUCGUGGCGCAGCUGCCGAGAGCGCCGUUCUCGUUGGCACAACAUCGAUCGUGCACUGUCGGCCAUAACCUCUGCUAUUUCUACUGUCUAUUCACUCUGGCCUCGUCAAUUUAAACCCCGCAAAACGUAAUUAAAAUCAACGAAUCAAGAAGAAAACUUUCGUGAAUCGUUUCUUUUUUUUUAAGUAUCUUCGUUGAGCAUACAGGGUGCUUCCUGGCUGAGCCAGGAAGACCUUCAACCGUGUGCAACCCCUUUUCGAAACAGUUUCCAGUUUCAGUGAAACGUGACGAUAGGUGGACAACUGUCAGUGUCGCAUAUUAAAGGUACAGCAUGUUUCAUUUAUCGAGAAGAUUCGUGCGUUUUCGACGGACAGCUGGUUUCACCUAGACAGCACUGUGCUCAAUUCCCUGUUCAAGUAGACAACGCCCGCGUGAGAAUAUUCGCACGCGUCAGAUCCUGUGUCGCUCUCAAUCGUCGGCAAACAUCGUGCCAUGGACACCUGAUUACGCGGGACGAUAUCGAGCACGAUAUUUUUGCCGCGAGCCGUGGACUCGAUUCGUUCGCACGCGUCCAACAUUCGUGAGCUAAGUUAUUUUCGUUCGCGGAAUAAUUCAGAAAGGUUUCGCAAGGAUCAGCUGGCGUGAGGUUCAAACGUAACGCGACUUUCUCUCAGUGGAAAUGUAAUUGGGAUCGCAUUUUGUCGGCGGAAGAAAACAGUGAUAGUAACCAGCCACGUGACAACGCGUUUCCUUUCUGUUCGAAGGUGCAUAGAAAAGUUGAUGACAGUGGAACCGCAGUGCGCUCGUUGUACGCGUCGCAGUGGUUACUUCCCAGGGGAAGGAAGUGGAAUAAAAGGUUCGGUCUCUCGAAGGAGACGAGCAUGAGUGUUCGUUGCUCGUCGACGCGUGCAUCGGCGCGUGUUUCUCCUCGAUAGCGACGUCGUUCCCGGACGUCGUCGCCUGACGUCAUCGGUUCCGGCGGGAAAGCCAACCACAACCAAAUACGCACAGCCGAAACAUGGACAAGGAGGAUUACUUAGUCAAUUUGCAUUAUCUUCCGAUUAUAUUGUUCAUUUCCUUGCCUUCCGUCUUUAUUCUCACUUACGUAGUAGCGGUUGUAUUGGGCCACGUGGAAGCUGGGUUUCCUUACAUCUCCGACGCAGCUUCGUAUGCACCAGAGAGCUGCAUAUUCGCACAGUUCAUCAACAUGUUAACGAUGCUCAUGUCAUUCGUCAUCUACAUAAGGUACUCUCAGGUGAAAGAAUAUUCGAGUACAUUUAGCCUACAGGAAUCCUUGUCAAAAUGGAAUUACUGGUCCUUAAUUUUUGGUCUAGUGGGCACCUUCGGCCUCUCCAUCGUAGCGAAUUUUCAAGAAUCGACUGUGAUAGUUAUGCACUUCAUCGGUGCAUUCCUUUGUUUCGGUGCAAGCACUGCGUACUUUUGGACACAGGCUGUGUGCACCUUCUAUCUGCAUCCGAUCGGAAGUUCUUUGAGACUGGCGCAUUUUCGUACAGCAUUGUCUACCUUCUGCACUGUUUGUUUCUGCAUCUCCGUCGUUACAGGCACGCUGGCGUUUGCGGCCUAUAAGGGUACGAAUCCUCAGAAAUGGUACAAGGAGGACGGUGGCUGGGAAUUGCACAUGGCUAGCACGGUUACGGAAUGGCUAUGCGCGAUUGCAUUCUGCAUCUACAUUUUGACGUUCAGCGAUGAAUUUAAGAACGUCAAAGUUACUCACCCAAAGGUUUUGUGCACCCGAAAUCGAACAAGGCUGACCAACGAGGCGCUAAACGAGAGCCAAAACUCCGCGAUGGCCCAGCAUCGACACCCGGCCAGGGUCACCUGAUCGCUGAUAGGCAGAGGCGCCGGUGGUUACGUCAACCUCCUAUCACACUCCCCAGUGAACACCCCGUGUCCCGGUUACAGGUACCG